GCAGCUGCAAAUCUUCACAACCGGAAUUCGCCGAUUAAGGCCCUGGAUUGACCGCACGGAAGGUUUAUAGACGUUUCUCAGAUUACUUCAUUGUAAAGAAAAUGAAUCGUUCCUCAAAAGCAACUGGUACUGGUGUUCCAAAAUCAGAUAAUCAACACCCAAGAAAAGGCCACAAAGUACAACUGGCAAAUACUGCAAAGACAAAGACAACAAAACGAGACAUUGCAGCUCAAAUAAUACAGAGAGCUUGGUUAUGUCAUAUGGACAAAAUAAUAUUUCAACUCCUAAAGCACACAGUAUGUGCAGCGGAACAUUCUGUGACACAUGAAAUACUGAAGAAAGUAAGCCCCUUAGAGGCCGAGCUUAUUAAAGAUCCUAGCAUGAAGUGUAAAGUCAGAUUCAGACUUAGUGGUGAAACAUUUCCACCUCUCAUCGUGUUUAAAAUUUUUCUUCAAACUGAAGGCCGUGGUUACAAGUAUUUUAGCGGAAAAAAUUUGUUAAAGCCAUCAAGUGAGGCAGUGGUUGAUGCUUGCAAAAUAAUGGGGAAAAAGAAAUUUUAUCAUCAAAUUAUGGAAGAUGAACGUCUUUUCCAGAAGUUUAAAGUAACUGAUAAAAUUGACAUUGUCACCAUGAAAGAUUACAUGCAAUAUUCCAGUCUUUUGGAUGAGACUCCUGCAUCUUCUGGUGGCAGAAAUAACUACUGGCGAAGAUUAAGCCUUGAAAACAUUCCCAGGACAAUGAUAAUAUAUGACAUAGUUGAUUAUGCAGAGUCUGGAGUAGUCUCAAACCGUCUACAAAAAGAAAUGAAGUAUCUGUUACAGAGACCGAAAACUGAAGAGAUGCGUCAGCACCAGCUACAGAUUGUUUCUAAAAUUAGGUGUCCAUCUUUCUCAAGUAUUCAACCUUUGUAUCGGCCCUCCCAACAGCAAAGUCAAAUGAAACAUUUAGGUCGUCGAUCCAAGCAAGCUCAAAUGAAAGUUGAAAAAAUGAAAAAAGCUUAUAAGAUGGCUAAAGAAAAAGGUGCUUCUGAGUUGACCAAACCACGAACAGACACACCAAGUACAAAGCAACAACAGACAAUCAUCGUCUCCACCCCAUCUUUCGACAUUGUGAAAAUUACUGAACCGGUGUCAGGUGGCGAAAUGGAAGAAGAAGAAAAGGAAUUAUUUGCCUGGUGUGAAGACUUGCAUAUUGAUAAUUCUCUGUCAUGUUAA